AUGCACAUUUCAACAGAUAAAUAUUCCAUGGCGAUGUAUCAGAACACUACAAAGAAUCUACCGCAAAAGGAAGAUCAGUUCCAAUACAACCAGCAAUACCGCGACCAAAGACCACAAAAAUUCCGUGGAAGAGGCGGAUAUAACCAAAGAUUCAAACAUGACAGAAACCAUUACAACAACGACUACAGAAAUAACUACAACCAGCAAUAUUAUAACCAAGAUAACUACAAUGGUCCACAAAACUACGGAAAUCCACAAAAUUCUGGAUAUCAGUCCAGAUACGCCUACAACAGGAAUUAUUAUAGUCAACAACUACAUGGCAACCAAAGAAAUUACGGCUACAACUCUCAUGGCUACAAUUCUCGUGGAAAUUACAAUGAUAAUCAGUAUUCUCAACAAUACAAGCCUCGCGCUUUCGGAAUUGGCCGUGUCAGACGAGAGCAGCCACCGGAGCCACAAGGUAUCAGAGAACAGCCGGAUUUCUCGGUAUAUUAUGCAGAUGGUCAAGAAGAUUGCGACAAUGAACAGAAAUUUGCUGAUUACGUGCCAAAACAAGACAUUUCUGACCAACAGAAUGACUUUUCUGGACAAAACGAAGGAAUUUCUCAGGAUCCUGGUAAUAAUGAGGCAACAACACAAGAUGCUCAGUGA